CGACUACGAUGUUCCGUCUUUUCAACAGGGUGUCAUUUGAGUGAGCUGAGGUAAACAAACCUUCAAACCACACAGUGUGUCACCUGAGGAGCAGACAGGUGUUAUCAGUCCAUUACAAACACAGUGGGAGGCGUUCUAGUGCAUUGCCAUGGAGGAAAAAGUCCAACUCACAAGAUCUUCUCAGGUAACCCGGUGCACCAACACUCCCUCAUCCAUCGUCGGGUCAGAGUCACCACCUCGGACCUCAAGGAGCACACAGGCUGGGUGUAUACAAUUGACCCAGUCUCUGAGAGUGUAAUUUUGGUCACUUUUGAUGGUGAUGAGAAGACGGUGACUAUUGUAAUGGGCUACAACAUCAAGAGUCUGACGCCCCUGGACGACACACCUCCCCCAGGACUUGCCGAGGCUGUGGACUCCAUCUUCAGGAAGGAGCAGGUGCACUACAGCAGCCAGGAGGUGACAGCAAGAAGAGAGGCCAUGUGUGUGUGGCUCGCAGACAACAGAGUUCCCUACACAGUGAACGAAGACAUGGUCAUACAGGUGCUGCAGGUGGCACUGAUCCGGCCACCCUAUGAUGCCAGUGGGGUGGAGUGCCAUAAUGAGGUGGUGCUGGACAAAGUUAUGAGGCUGGUCCAGCAGGCACCAAUCAACACCUCAGGAUGAAUACACACACACACACACACACACACACACUUUUUUUUUUUUCUUUAUCAGAAUGUUAUGACAAGACACUCAGUUCCAUCUGAUACUCACUAAGCCUCUUUUGUUGUGGCUUUUUUUUUUUUUUUUUUAUACACUGAAGACAUUUGGUCAAUUUGUCCUGCCUAUUUCUCAUUGUUUUGAAUAGAUACACAAGGGAAGCUGGAAAAAGUUGAUUGCCUUGUGAGUGUAGUCAUUAUGCAUAUCCACAUUUUUAAAGGCUUAUUUGUUUUUCAGAGUCCCUCCUACAUAGAAGAUUUGCCUUACAUUCCAGUUCAUAAGUUUAUAAUGUCUUCAAGCUUUGUGUGUGUCUGUACUUUCUGAUAUGUGAUAACUAAGUCUAUUGCAGAUAUCUAUGGCCUCAUUUGUGAACCAGUUUAUUCUUAUCUUCUUUUCAUACACAGUGAUGCCCAAAUGACUGAUAUACUGUACCUGUUAUUUGAUGAUAAUGCUCAAAUGUAUUUUGUGUCAUAGAAAUACAUAUAUAUUUCUG